AUGAAGCGGACGAGCAGAUACGGGCGAGUAGGGAAGAGAAAAAAAGGUCUCAUAGUAGGUUAUGACAGGAUGAACAAUAAGGACCACAUUAGGAGUAAGCAGCUGCUGACCAAGUUAGACAAUUUCACUUCAUGGGAAGAAGGAGCUCGAAGUAGGUAUGCAAAAUCGAUCCUUUUACAAAAGGAGAGUAGCCUCCUACUGAAGGAUGUGAUCCAUUGGGGUCAGAAAAACAAAGAGGUUAAUGAAGCUUUUGUCCAUGUGGUGAAGGACUCCCUACACUGGAAUCCACUUAACAUUGGCAGUCUGUUCAAUUUGGUUUAUUUUUACUUUAUAAAAAAUGGGCAAUGUGGGUCCAAGUUGGGAGAGUCCCCCUCUGAUCAGGGGCAGACGCAGAAGCCGACGCAGAAGCCGACACAAGGGCAGAUGCACGCGGAGAGGAGUUGCCUUCUAUAUAGCCACCUCUUGCACUCCAUUCUGAUGCAUAUCUGUAGAGGCCAGUUUAGUAGAGAAAAAGCAGGCGUAGUGAAGAAGGGGAAGGCCGGGGGAAGAAACAUAAGAGCAGUUUUUUUUUCCCUGUUUAGGGAAGAGAUCAAGAAAGACAUUUUUCAGAUGAGGCUGAUAAGGCGUGUUUGGGACAGAUGGAACAGCAUCCCCUGCAUCAAUGAUCCAGCGCCGUUAAUAAUCUGUGUCGAAAAUGUGCACAUGUUAUGUGUGACAAACUAUAGACUCGGGCUCAUGCGUGACGUUUUUUAUUACGCCAAUUUGCUACUGCACCUUCUGCAGCUACGUAGCCUGAGGGGCCUUCUGAAGGCGAACCAUUUCUCCCUUUCUGCCACCCUAUGCAUGGCGAAGGCCGCUUCCUUCGUGCUGACCUGUUCAGGCGACCGACGGGUUUACCACUCGACGGGUUUAGGCGAAAUUGGCGAUUUAAGCGGUGUUGGCGAUUUAGGCGAAGCUGCCGAUUUAGGCGAAGCUGCCGAUCUACACUGCUUGCACAAGGCGCAAAACCGAAUGAACGGAAUGAAGAUGGGGGGCCCGAGCAAGGGGGUGGACCUUCAGACGGAUGACUCUUUUUCGAUGAGACGAUCUACAAAUGGUGUGGACAAGGAGGGGUUCACACUUAUUGACGAGGACCUCCCGAACACACUGAUGAAAUGUGAAGAACGCUUUUUAUCUUUCCUGUUAAGCGAAGAAGAGACAACCAUGAGGGCGAAACGUGUGAUCGAGCAGGACAACAUCCUUGAAGAAUACAUCCACUACACACUCUCAUCAGUGGUGACAAAAGUAAACGUGUGCAUAAAUCACUGUCUCAGUUAUCGAGAGUACCAGUCCUUGGCGCAGUUUUUAAUGUGGAGGGCUCGUCUAUAUUACCAUGUAGGUCUGUUUCGAGAAUGUCUUUCAGACACCAGCAAAGUGGCGUUGAUGAAUCUACACGCGGGUGCUCCACUGAGAAUUGAUUCCGACGGAGGAGGAACCGCUAACUACUCCUGCCUUGGCUUGAUGCUGUCCUGUUUGCAUCGCCUGAACCUCCUGCGCGCGUGUGAUUCGUAUUUACUUAUUCCGUUAAGGAGAGGCGACACGGGGAGUUACACGUGGAAGGGAAGAGCGACCUGCACACCAGAAGCCCAUGCGGAGAGAAGCCAUACCUUUAACAAGAGAGAGCAUCCGUACUCUUGGUGUCGACCCCCCGAGGAUAAAGCCCUCCUCCGUGUGCUCCACGGGAAUAGGAAGAAAAUCCCGUUUAUGCUUUAA